UGAGCUGGGUGCUAUGCGACGAGAGUGAGUACCGGCUGACGCAGUACCUGAUGUCCAACUACGACCCGUCCGUCCGGCCCGCCCGUAACUCUGCUGAACCGCUCGACGUCAACUUCAGCCUCUCCCUGCACCACAUCAUCGACGUGGACGAGAGGAACCAGAUCCUUACCACCAACUGUUGGCUGACCCACGUCUGGACGGAUUACCACCUAACUUGGAACGUCUCUGAUUUUGGCGGCGUGGAGAAGAUCCGCGUGCCCUACUAUAGGGUGUGGAAGCCUGACAUCAUACUCUACAACAACGCUGACUCUCAGUACACCACGGCCGUGAUCAACACGAACGUGAUUGUGACCAGCGCCGGGCAGGUCACCUGGCUGUCGCACGGCAUCUACCAGUCGUCGUGCGACAUGGACGUUGAGUACUUCCCGUUCGACAUCCAGAGCUGCGAGAUGAAGUGGGCCAGCUGGACGUACGACGGCUACACGGGUCUUCGUCUGACCGUCUCCGAGCUGUGCCAGGGUCGUCGUCUGGCGUCACCCGAGCCGUCGCUGCUGGUCUUCUACGUGCCGUCCGAGUCGGGGGAGAAAGUGACGCUGGGCAUCUCUGCCGUGCUGUCUAUGACCGUCUUCCUGAUGACUAUCCGCGAGAGUCUACCGCCCACUGAGAAGACGCCGCUCAUCAGCCUGUACUACGGCGUCACCAUCUGUCUGGUGUCGUUCGCCUCCGGCCUGUCGGUGCUCACCCUCAACAUCUUCCACCGGGGCACGCGCGGCGUGGAGGUGCCCCGCCUCGUGCGCACCGUCGUGCUCGGCUUCCUCUCCCGCCUGGUGUUCAUCACGUUCGAGAAGUCGCCACUGCACGCCCGGCACCGCAGGGACGCCGCCAACGACCUGACACAGCGGUCCGGAGGUCACGACAAGAGAACGGUGGCGGAUGGCGACAGCCUCGACGGACUGCGGUACCCUUGUCGACGGGGCCACACCACUGACCCGGCCGUCCUGCCCCCGUCAGAGGACUUCGAGCGGAACUUUGUGCGCGUGCUCAACAGGAUAUACCAAACGAUCGAGCGGAACGAGCUGCGGCUGGAGGACCAGGAGCGGCGCGAGGCCACACGCCAGGAGUGGCAGCAGGUGGCAGUCGUCUGCGACCGCGUGCUGCUGCUCAUCUUUCUGCUGUCCACCGCCGCCGCCACGUCGGCCAUCUUGUUUUCGUCGCCGCACGGGCCCUGACGUAUGUCGGCUGACCACGUCUGACCUCGCUCCACCCCGACCCGCGGAGGGUCACCAGGCCAAGGUCAUUGGAGACGGCAGCGUGGCGGAGUGUGCAGGAGACGUCUGGCAGCGGCGCAAAGCUUGGGGACCUGCCUGACGGCCGCAGUCGCAAUCAAGCUCCCCACUGGACAGCACUGAUAGUUCUAAGCCCAUUGACUUAAAGCUGAAAGUCGCUCACGCGUGGUGUGGUUGGAGAAGGGUAGUAAUAGCGGGUGUGAGAUGGAGGCCAAAAGGGCCCAGAGACGUGCUGAGAUGGAGGCCACGAGGUCCCAGAGAUGUGCUGAGAUGGAGGCCACGAGGGCCCGGAGACGUGCUGAGGUGGAGGCCACGAGAGCCCAGAGACGUGCUGAGAUGGAGGCCACGAGGGCCCAGAGUCGUGCUGAGAUAGAGGCCACGAGCACCCAGAGACGUGCUGAGCGCGCCAUACUGGGAAGCGACGGUAAAGCGACGCUUGGUGAUUAUCACGGUAUCACGUGUUGGACAUAUCGAGAACUUCUUUGGCAAAUAAGUGCAUGCGAAUAGGACGAGUUUAACGGGCAGAGUUCAUUGCAAGUGACAAUCUCCGCGAAUGAGACCAUCUGCACAUAGCACUCACGAAUAAAUGCAAUAAUUUUGUCUGAGCACUGAACAUGUCGGCGCGUCCGUGUUCCCAGCAGAGCGCACAGUGCAGCUGGACAUCUCUUCUCUAUGUGUGGUGGGUGAUGCUGCUGUUACAGGUGCCAGUGAUUGUUGAGCUUUGCUGCGUGCGUCUUGAGACAUGCAUCAUGGCACGUCCACCUGUGCGCUUCCAACGAACGCAUUUCCGUUUGUUCUAAGUGAAUAAAUAAUAAUUAAGUGGCGUAACAUGCCUAUUCCAAGUUGUUGUGGCCCUAACCUCAUUGAAUUUGGUCACUAUCUAUCUUGAUGGGUUUGUGA